AUGGAAAAGGGACAGUCUGCUGCAGAUUCUGGUCCCAUUUACACAGAGAGGCUGCACCUACACAUUCCUGCACUAGCUACUUCAUCUGUCUGUCUACUCGGCGCACCGUCUGGUGGUUCAUCUGUUGGCCGGUGCUGUGAAAAUGCCGACAUUGAUGCACUGACCUGUGCAAAGAAGUCUAUUGGGUCUGGAGCAGCACUCUCCUCCUCUUCUCCGCCUGCAUCCCAUUCCCACCCUUCCUGCACACACACGUACAAUCAGCAGCACACCAAGACACCCGUUUCUCCCACAUGUGUCCGACCGGCCUCGUACCACUUGGAUCGCCGCGCCUCAUCUACUGCCACCUCCUCCCUUCCCCAUCCGCUAUGCCCUAAUCUUCCCGUGCGCUUUGUCGUCUUGCAUCAAGUCGUGCUGGCUGUCCGCUUGCGAAUCGGCCAUAUUUGGCCCACUCUUAUGCUGCAAACUACGCUGCCGAUUGUCAUUGGCAGUCGGCCUCAGCAGGCCCCAUGUCAGCCACCUUCACUGUCUGGCACACAUCAUUCGACGAGUGAUCAAGCUGGACAACUGUCAGGCAAAAUUCCCCGACUAGCAUUCGUGGAAACGCCCAUCGGAGCGGCGAUUCGACACCGGUCCAGAUAUGCCUCAUCUACCGAGAACCCGAUAAGAGCUGUACCGCCGACCACAGGUUAG